UUUUGCAUUGGUCUCAGUUUGUUAUCGCUUUGGAUUAUUUGUCAAAAAGUUGCCCUAUCUGCAUAUAAUUGCAUAAAAAGUGAAAAAUAUUCGUCAGUUUUUAUACGUGCUUAUAUACCAAAGAAUGAAGGAAUGGUGGAUUCAAAUUAUACUCAAAAUAUAUAUAAUGCGCAUGAAGCCGGUCUUGGAACUGAGAUAUAUGCUAUCCCAAAUGUUAAUGGAAGUAAGAAUGCAUACAAACAAGUCGAUGAAAUUUACAUGAGCAUACAACAAGACCGGAUUUCUUUAAAUAGAAUGUGGCUGAAGGUAACAUCACCCAUUCAUUGGCCAAAUAACCAGCAAGCUAACACCCUUUUUAUUGAAGAAUUCGUCCGCAGAGCUGCAGUAAGUAUUGAGAACAAGUACUGGAAUGCAUUAGGCAGAGGAUAUGAAAGCAAGACUGAAGCAAAUUUCAAUGAUUUCCGUCCUUUUGCAAGCUUUACCUUUCCAUCAUUGAAGACAUUUGCAUUAAUGACACCAAUCUGUGGAAUAGUUGCUGAUCAAAUUGUUUACCCAAUGCCAGUGAACAAUAUUCGAACUUCGGAUAGAUUUUUGCAAAAAAGUGAAAAAAUUCUUAUCGGUUCAGUGAAAUUUCUUCCUAAUUGA